GCAAUGCCCUGGUUUGGAAUGGACAUUGGCGGCACUCUGGUGAAGCUCGUAUACUUUGAACCGACUGAUAUUCCUCCAAACUCUUCAUCGGAUGAAUCGGAAGUUCUAUAUCAAAUUCGGCACUAUUUGAAGCGAAGUUCCAGCUACGGCAGGACGGGUAUAAGAGAUAUUCAUCUGCAAAUGGACAACUGCUGUAUAAAUGGACGCGUCGGGACUUUGCACUUUAUACGAUUUCCCACAUCAGAAAUGCCAGUAUUCAUCAAUUUGGCCAAGUCAAAGGGAAUUGCCUCACUGUCGAGCACAGUUUGUGCCACUGGCGGUGGUGCCUUCAAAUUUGAAAAGGAUUUCCAGCGAGAAGUGGACUUGCAGUUGCACAAGUUUGACGAACUUGACUCUCUGAUUCACGGCAUUCACUACAUUGAAGCUUACAAUACACAUGAAUGCUACUACUUUCGCCACGCUCGUGACCCUGAACUGGCGGAGAAAACGGCAUUUGACUUUUCCCAGCCAUAUCCCUUUCUGGUGGUCAACAUUGGCUCGGGAGUGAGUGUUCUUGCUGUCUACUCCCCUGACUCUUACAAGCGAAUUAGCGGAUCCAGUCUUGGGGGUGGCACCUUUCUUGGCCUUUGCUCGCUGCUAACUGGUUGUGAAACUUUUGAAGAGGCAAUUGAGCUGGCCGCCGCUGGCGACUCUACCAAGGUGGACAAAUCAGUCCGCGAAAUCUACGGCGGCGACUACUCUAAAUUCAGUCUCAGUGGAGACAUUGUGGCGUCCAGCUUUGGCAACAUGUCCUGCAGUGAGAAGAGGGCACAGGCGAGCAAGGCAGACCUUGCCAAGGCCACCUUGGUCACCAUCACCAACAACAUUGGCUCCAUUGCGAAGAUGUGCGCCAUGGCAGAGGGCGUCGAGCGAGUGGUCUUUGUGGGCAACUUUCUCCGUGUCAAUGAAAUCUCCCUCAAGUUGCUCGCCUAUGCAAUGGACUUUUGGUCAGACGGCGCCCUCAAGGCGCUCUUUCUCGAGCACGAGGGCUACUUUGGCGCCGUUGGCUGCCUGCUGGAGAUGAUGAAGACUAGCUGA